CAUUGAAGCAAAACAAUUCCAUUAUAUACUCUCUUGAACAAAACAUCAUACUCUAGGCAAAAUAGAUAAUAGAUACACGGUUGCACUCUUAGUGUAUGUGGGUCAGCAAUAAUAUGAUGAGCAAUAAUCAACAAUAAUGUAUUUUUUAAAUGUCCUAGCAAGUGGGUAAAGUGUGCAAGACACGUUAAGCACCAUUCGAGACUUGUGAAUGAACUCCAAAGACUGCGCGUAACCGCGAUGGACACCCUGGACCAGCCUCGCUGCGCACGCUGGGAUUACCUUGCGACAUUGCCACGCAGUUGAGAUAUCAUAUCCUCCAACCUUCACUAGACGUGUGGGACAGAAUAUCAUCACGUAUUUUGUGAGCUUGCACUUGUAACAACGUUAUAUAAAAUAGGUGUACUGGAAAUAUUUUUUUUUCUUUACCGUAAAAGAAUAUUCAACAAAUGGAAAAUAAGAGUAAUAUUGCACAGUGAUUAACGGCGUAGAUUAAGCAACCAGCUGUACCUGUAGGCCUUAAUGGAGGCCUGGACAUUCCUGUGGAGCGCUGACGCUGGUGGCAAGAUAGGGAGGGACAUGGCCAGGUAAUGAUGGCGUGAGCUCCGUGCGCACUGCCUGCCGCAAUUUAGCCAAAUUUACCCCAGCCAGAGUAAUAUGAAACUAGCCUUCGUGAACAGCAACCAGGAUGAUUUAUGAUCUGGCUGACCUCAACUAUAGCCACAACGUGAGCGACGACCCGUUCAGUUUAUUGGACCGGGAAUGGAGCGACACUCCGAAAGAGACCCUCUCCAGGACUGGCUUCAUCGUGCUCUCCGUGUUUCUGGGCUUGAUCAUGACCUUCGGCUUCCUCAACAACUUCGUGGUACUGCUCCUCUUCUGCAAGUUCAAGAAGCUGCGUACCCCGGUCAACAUGCUCCUGCUCAACAUCAGCGUGAGCGACAUGCUGGUGUGCAUGUUUGGGACCACGCUGAGUUUUACCUCCAGUAUCAAGGGAAAGUGGCUCCUGGGCCGCCACGGCUGCUUGUGGUACGGUUUCAUCAACUCCUGCUUCGGUAUUGUGUCGUUGAUCUCCCUGGUGGUCCUGUCCUACGACCGCUACAGCACCCUGACCCUGUACAACAAGCGUGGUCCUGACUACCGCAAGCCCCUGCUGGCUGUGGGGGGCUCCUGGCUCUACUCCAUAUUCUGGACGGUGCCCCCCCUGCUGGGCUGGAGUAGCUAUGACUUGGAGGGCGCCGGCACCAGCUGCUCUGUGUCAUGGACCCUGAGGACGGCUCAGUCCCACGCCUAUAUCAUCUGUCUGUUCAUCUUCUGCCUGGGUCUGCCCAUCGUCAUCAUGGUCUACUGCUACUGUCGGCUGCUGUGGGCCGUCAAACAGGUGGGUAAGAUACGUAGGACAGCGGCACGGCGGAGAGAGUACCACAUCCUGUUCAUGGUGCUGACUACAGUGGUGUGCUACAUAUUGUGCUGGAUGCCCUACGGCGUGGUGGCCAUGAUGGCGACGUUUGGCCGGCCUGGCAUCAUCACCCCCGUGGCUGCGGUGGUGCCCUCACUCCUGGCCAAGAGCAGCACUGUCAUCAACCCUCUCAUCUACAUCCUCAUGAACAAACAGUUCUACAGGUGUUUCCUCAUCCUGAUCCGGUGUGAACGGCCCUCCGCGGAGAACGGCCAAUCCUCCAUGCCUUCCAAGACCACCGCCAUCCAGCUUAGCCGCCGCGUGUACAGCAACACGGUGGCGUGCACCGCCCGGAUCUCCACGGGUAUCCAGAACCAUGGCUGCAGCACCCUGGUCACAGAGCACACCAACCCACCUGAGGUCACUCUCUCAUGAGCGGGCACGCCGGGAAGGCCUGGUGGGUGUUGAUGCAUGGCUCAGCUAGCUAGCUACUGUACUGUGCCGACCAAUAGGCUCCAAGGCCCAUGCGCUCGUCUACUCCAGCCCAACCCCUUCCAUUUGUUUACCAACUGCUGUGUUUAUCUUUAUGUAGGAGUGAAAUUGUACAUGCUGUGUGUGCAACAGAAAGUACAUUUCUGUGUAUGUAUACAUGAGGGAAGGGGGGCUGUAGAGUGAGCAUGUGCGCUGCAUUCAAAGGGGAGAGAGGGGGUGUGUGGUAAUAUAUAAUAUAUAUGCCAUUUAGCAGACGCUUUUAUCCAAAGCGACUUACAGUCAUGUGUGCAUACAUUCUACGUAUGGGUGGUCCCGGGAAUCGAACCCACUACCCUGGCGUUACAAGCGCCAUGCUCUACCAACUGAGCUACAUACGGUCCAUGAACUAUGUGUACCAUUUGAUCUCACUCGGCCUGUUCUCUCUGGCUUGUCUCUGUGUAGGUGUAAAAACCAUUGCUCGAUACACUUGCUUCUUUUCUAAACACAUCGACUGUCCAAGUGAAAAGGAGUAUCUCUGUCACAUUUCACCCCCUCAACACACACACUUACCCCACCCCUCUAACACACACACACACACACACACACACAGCCAGUGGUUACGCUACUCCCAGCCUCUGUGUUGUCCUGACUGUGAAGACAGAUUAGAAGGUCUGUAGAUGUAUCUCAAAUCGCACCCCAUUCCCCAACGUAGUGCACUAUAUAGGGCACUGGAAAAGAAGGGUAAUAGGGUGCGAUUUGAGGUGCAUCCACUGACUGGUGCAAUAAGCUAUGGGAUGUCCAGUAAAGAGCUGAUAAAGACUAUAAAAGUUCAUCAAGAGAACAAAUACUGAGCCGUACAGCUCUGAAGGAUACUGGUACACUGGUGACUGUGGGUGAUUUCGGACUGAAGCUCUGAUCUCGGACUUCUCUAUUGUGGAACUACAUGGAUCUCACAGAUUGAGAAUGGGACUUUUGCCAAACCUGCCAGCAUUUUGUUUGGGGAGAAGUGGCUUUGAACUCAUGUGUGAUGUUUGGGGUACCUACCACCCCCCUCCCAAACUUAUUCCCCCCUGACCUCUCCCCCUUCAUCAGAACCUGUACAAAGAAAGUGCUGAAUUCAG